CGGCACUCCGCCCCCUAUUUCCUCCAUGGACUUCAGUGAUCCCGGCUACCGGGAGCAGCUCGUUUGGCAGGUGAGAGGCGGCUCGCGGAGUGCGGGGACCAGGAUGGAACAGGAUAUUUUUCUGAGCUCAGAUGAAUUGGACGAUGAUGUAUUUUAUCCUGAUGACUUUGGGUUUCCUGUUCAGCCUCUGACACCUUCAGCUAUGUUCACCCAUAGCCCGUCUUACACUUGUAUGUUGGGGCGUUUCCAGCUGUUCCCCCUUUCUCAUUGCUGUGGCCCUGGGUGCAGGAUCACAGACUGUGAGGAUAAGGCCACCCAGACCUUAGAGCCAUCAUCCUAUAAUCGUGAUAUCAUGUUACCUUGUGGUGUUGCAGAAUCCCCUCAGAGACUUUUUUAUGGAAAUGCCGGUUACCUUUUACAUCAGCCGAUAGACUUAGCUAUGCAAAUAGGAGAGGAGACACAACACCGGAGACUGGAGCAGAGUGCUGAAAGGCGAAUUGCUCGGAAGUUACAGUGUAUUGGAGAUCAGUUCCAUAGACUUCACUUACAAAGGAUUCAGCAAAACGGAAACCAAGUUUGGUUACAGAUCCUUAUCUUCUUCCGCAACUUGGUGUUACCUCGUGACAGGAACAGGGGUAUCAUCAUGAGGUGAGACUCAUCAGCGUAUUGCAAUCAGUUCCGAUGUUGAACCACUGGAGGACUCUGCACCAUAUCUUACAAGAUGCAAGGACUAUCUCUAUCAGGACUUUCUGUAAGCAGAUGGGAAGUCUGGUCAAACACUGCUGAGAAACUGGCUUGUUUACAUCAUGUUUAUGUCUGCAGAUAUAACCUGUGUAGUACUGUAAUAGGAUGAGUACAACGGAACAACGAGGACACGUGUAUUCUUCUCUAGAUGUGCCUUAUCAGCUUUACACAACCAAAAACAACACAAUAAAUUAAGGGAAUUUCCACUUUUGCAAUGGUACGUGUCCAAUGUGCAGAGAAGAGUACAAGCACUUACCAACCAUGGAAAAUACCUGAAAGCUCUUGUACAUGUGCAAUACUAAAAUAGUCAUUUACUAUUAAAGUAAGACACUCCCACGUGUACAUUUUAAAAUUAGUACUUCAAAAUGGCAAAGAAUAAACAAAAAGUACCCAUACCCAAAAUUA